AUGGAGUCCAACAAUCAGCCUUCAGAUACGUCGCUGCCCGAGCUUGUCGUCGACAACUCAAGCACAAGCAACGGGGAACGUCCUACGAAGCGCCAUUCCUCAGUGAUGGAGCCCUAUAUGCUUUCACCAGAUAGCGCUUUGCUCUCCAAGCACACGAUGGCGAAUAAUACAGCAGACCACCUCAGUGGCCAAUCGACGCCGACCAACCCGUUCAACUUUCAAACCCAGAACAUCGGCCAGCGGCGAGGCCAUAGAUAUAAACACAGUAGUGUUUCGACGCAGCACCAAAUAUUCCAAGAGCCCCCCCAGCGACCACCACCAGUUCUCCCGGCAUCUCUGCCAAUCCCAACCGUGAAAGAGGCAUGGAAGAGUAUGAAUAAAGACCAAAGACUGCGUCUCUACUGGAGUCUGUCACAUCUUGCUAUUGCCGUGUUCAUUUUUUUCAGAUCUGAGGGCUCGCUUUCUGCUACCGCACUGUCGCAUCUUGUCUUCUUCGACGCCGGAAGUGCGGCAAUUUGUGUGGCUGUUGAUGUACUAGGAAACUUUGAGGUGUGGCGGCGCAGCAGCAUUCGUCAUCCCUUCGGCUUAGAAAGAGCUGAAGUUUUGGCUGGUUUUGCCAUGUCCAUCUUCCUUCUCUUCGGCGGAUUUGAUCUUGUUUCGCACAACCUUAAACAUCUUCUCGAAUCCGUGGGCCACCAUGAACCGCAUCACGAGCAUUCGCAUGAGGAAGUUCCAGCAGGGUCUCUUGACCUUGCUUCCGCAGCGGCUAUCAUCAGCACGCUGGCAUCUGCAUACGGCCUGAAAAAUCACGCCCGUAUUGCCAAGGCCAUGAGAGUAUCCUACCUCGCGUCUUUGCCAAGUAUUCUAUCCAACCCAUUCCAUUUCCUCACUUUGUUAUUCUCCACAUUGGUCGCAUUGCUGCCGCUUUUCUCCAUCGAACUCUACACCUGGUUGGAUAGGUUGAUCUGUGCCAUCAUCGCGCUUGCCAUGUUUGGGCUUGGAAUGCGGGUUGCUAUCGCGCAAGGCCUCAUGCUGCUCAUGUCAUAUGGUGGCACGAAUGGCGAUGCUGGAGUGUCUUCAGUCAUCCAAGACAUCCAAUCUGAAUCCAAUAUAACCAGCAUUGAUGAAGCGCAAUUUUGGCAAGUUCAUUACGGACUCUGUAUGGCCAACUUGAAAAUUAGCGUACAGAAGGGUAGUGAUGAAGUGGCUCUCAGCAGAUUACGCAACAGAAUCACUUCGUUGAUACAAAAUCGCCUGGGAGAAGGUUACGGCACAGGCGGUAAUGUUCGGUGGGAAGUAUCAUUGCAACUCAAUGCAAGGGGUGCUUCGUAG